UGAUGCUGCACUCCGUCGUUCUCCUUUCGCUCACUGAAAUGCCCGAAUCGCGAAGGACCAAAAGCCGACUGAGUCCAACCCUAUAGAUACGGAUGCUAACUGUGGCCCCAAAAUCCAUCAGAUCUCCGACGAUUCCUUGGGAUGUGGAUGAUCAUUGACCGAAAGCUAUCAACGUCCCAGCCGGAGCGCACUGUGUUUCAGUAUACAGUAUAUCGGCGACCGGAGAACUCCUCCGUGGCAUGCUCGUUGUCGACCUAUCCUGAACCGAGGUCCAUGGAAGCUGUAGAGGCUUCGCAGCAAAUUUCUCGACUUCAAACUUGCAUCCUAAUAGAACAUCGCUCACCUCGGAGGCUACUUCCGAGGUUCUCUCCAUUGCAUUGCUGUACAGUACGACGUAAACCAGGUUCGAGAAGUUGCAGAGCUGGUAGCUUGGUCGAGCUUAGGACUGCAGGCUCAUGUGGACCCGGGGCGCUCCCGCUCCAAUAAGCCCGAGCCCGGCACUGCGUCAACUCCUGUCCAAUCAUGUCCUUCCAGUGAUCGUCAUUGUCCAGGCCCUCGCCAGACGUUGGGUUGCUGUUGUCCAAGACGAAGUAGCCAGGACGCACCUUAUGGCGAUGAUAAACCUAUGUUUAUGAUCGCCUCACGCCGGCGUUCAAACGCAUAAAUACCAGAGUCGCGCCCCAGCAUUCUCCCAUUUGCACUCGACUUACGAUGAGCCAGCCCAUACCCAAGUCUGUCUCCUCCUCCUCGGCCUUUAGCGCUGAUCAGACGAACGGAGCUGCGACCGACCUGCUCUGGCUGGUCAUGCGUGAGCCGUGUGUCGCCGCCCCGACGCGCAACAUCGCCAAACCUUCAAGCACCAUGGCCCUCCCUGCAUCAUGCGCAGGCUGUUCGGGGGCGCAGUGAAUCCCCUUGGCUCGGCGUAGUGCGGCGAAGGGUUGAUCCUCGAUGUUCAAUACCCUAUGACAGGAUGCUACGCAAAUAGAAAAUCCCGGAGCGGGACGCGCCCAUUUCCGAGUAUCCGCGUUCUCGGAGCGGCCACUCUGGUCGCACGUUCUUAAGUUAUCCGUGCCUUAUCGUGGUUCUGCUAUGGCGCCGAUAACCUCGUGCUCUCGUCCGCCACCCGUCUCCUCCGUGUAUCACAUGUCUUUCUCCAAUUCGUCGAGAACGCCGCCACUCCGCCUAUUCCACUCGUACAUCAUGACCGCUCGAACAUCGCAGUCAUCUGCCCAUCGAUUGG